UCAAUGUCAAGGCCGCGGCUCUGUUGUUAGUGUGCAUUCUUCCGGCAUUCCCUUCUGUCCACGUAUACCUGUCGUCGGUUAAUUAUUAUCCCAAAUCAUCAUGCUGUACUUAGCCGUCUUUGGAUUCUUCACGCUGGUCGCCGGCCAAGCUCCCGUCUUCGUGGUCAAACCGAACUCGACCUGGAACAUGCCGCAGUUCAACGACGCCUUCGGCAGCUUCGACACGCACUUCGGCUUCCCGGACAUGCCCUACAACAACGGCUCCAAGAGCCGCUUCGUCAUCACCACGCCGGAAGGCACCCGGGCCAAGCUGACCGUGGACGCCAGCGACGCCAAGAACUUCUGCAUCCGUUCUUAUGACUACGCCGUCAUGUACAACUGCGACGACAACGCCAAGAUCACCACGCCCUGCGCCGAACCCGGUGCCACCUACGCCACCCCCCUCGGCGGCAAGGAUUCCGGCAACUACAUGUCGGUGACCUCCGGUGCGAACGCGGUGCGCGAGUUCACAGCGAAGAACAACCGCGUGUGCAUGGACUGGUGCGUCAGCUACUUCUACUCCCCCCCUUCGUCCCCCCCGGAUGCCAGCGGGCCCUGCCGCACCGGCUUCCGCGCCUACUGGCAGACCGUCGGCACGCCCACCGUCAACCCCACCCCCGUCCAGGACUUUGCCAUGCGACCGCCGGCAUCAUCCUUCUAAAUUAACACCACUCAAGCUGUGCUGAUUGUCAGCCGGCCCUCUUUAUGUACGCAUGUCAACGAGAGUCGCACUGGCAAACUGCAUAGAUAAUUUCCAUUAAUCAAAUGCAACAGCGUGUACGAGUAAAGUAUCCAGGUUGACCUUUGCGGGGAUACGCUCUUGUAUUGCACAUUGCCGAAAGAAAUUUCUAAGAGAAUAAAGUGUUUUACAUGCGG